CUCAUUGCGCCCACAAAGACUCACCACGACAUCGACUGCAACGCCCUAUUGUGAAUCCAGUAUUCAUCAUGUCAUCUUCUUCACCUCCCGCAAGGCCACCGUUCUCAUCUCUCCCCCUGGACCCUACUGGACCUCCUGGAAACGCAUGGGGUCUGUACGGCAAAGACGACCGCUUAGGGGCGCUGAACCUUCUCACCCCCGCAGUCGUGGCCGCCGCGGCAGCAUCUGAGAUUCAAACCGGCCAACGAGUAUCGCUGGACUGGUCAUUGAAUAAUCCCUCUCAGCCAAGCUUCGACCGGGCGCCGUUUGAGUCCAGACGCGUUAAUCGAGCUCACCCGAGUGGUGAGAAGAGGACCGUCAAUGAUGAUAUCUUACACUUCAACACUCAAUGUAGCAGCCAGUGGGACGGCUUCAGGCACUAUGGUUACCAGAAAGCCAAACGAUACUACAACAAUACGACCCAAGACGAUCUGGAUAAUCCAGAAAAUAUUGGCAUAGACGCGUGGGUUGAAAAGGGCGGCAUCGUCGGCCGCGGCGUCCUCCUCGACUACGUCAGCUUCUGUUCCCGCCACGCACUGCCCCUCGACGCCUUCACCAGCAGCGACAUCUCCCUCGCCCAUCUGCACCAGAUCGCCGCCGAGCAAAACAUCACCUUCCGGCCCGGCGACAUCCUCUUCAUCCGCUCCGGGUUCACGGCAGGCUACAAUGCCAAAGACGACGCCGCGCAAAAGGCCGUCGCCGCGCGCGCCAGCCCGGACUUUCUCGGCCUCGAGCCCACGAAAAACGUGCUCCGUUGGAUAUGGGAGACGGGCUUCGCUGCCGUGGCGGGCGACGCGCCGAGUUUCGAGAGGGCGCCCAUCGCGGGCCCGCAUACGGCCGUCGGCGGCGUGUGGAAGGGCGAGGCGUGGGAGGAGGAGAUGCAGGGAGGCGGUUUGUUGCAUCAAUGGCUGCUGGGAGGUUGGGGAUUGCCCAUUGGGGAAAUGUUUGAUCUCGAGGCUCUGAGUUCGACGUGUCAGGAGCUGGAAAGAUGGACGUUCUUCGUGAGCAGCGUGCCGCUCAAGGUUCCGGGUGGUGUUGCCAGCCCUCCCAACGCCGUUGCCAUCUUCUGAUCCCGCCUGUCCGACAGCCUUGGGAUGGUCAUACUAUUUAGAGUUUUGGCCACGUUUUGUGAGAACAAUAGGGUUGCCUUGUGUGUUCUAGUCUUCUUCACCUCGGUGUAUAGAGUGUAACUUAUGUGCCAAUGUUCCUUUUCUGGCCUUCCCCGGUGACGGGAUAUUGCUGGUUCGCUUGGCUUCGCUCGGACUUUGCGGCUGGUUGGCGUGUUUGUAGAUCCCUGACAAUUUUCAAAUUAGUGGCCUGUCGUCUCUGGAACAUAAUUCUUCGUCUCUGUGUCUUUGAAUGCUUGGCGAGUUGUCAGCACAUCAUCAUUUAGAGAGUGUCCUAUAGGUAAUUCGAAUUGGUCACUCGUCAUCUCGUGUUACUCCCAUCCCGCCUCCAGACCCCU